AUGGAGCUAAGCAGGAGGUGUGCCGGAUGCUUAAAAAACAUUGAUAGCCGACAAUUUCUUACUUGUAGUAUUUGCAAACAGGACUAUGAUCUCACUUGCGCGAACGUCUCGGAACAGCGGUUCUUUAAUACUCUGACAGCUGAACACAGAACAGCGUGGAAAUGCCCAUUAUGCGUCUGCAGGCAGCCCCGCGCGGACAACAGCAACACUCCAGUCCGCGGUGCGACUGAGGGUGUCACACUGCGCCGGGGCGCCGCGGCGCUGAGUCCCUCCGACCACGCAGGGGAUGUCUCCAUAUCGUUACCUGUGUCCGAGCUGAACACCACAGCUCUAAAUGAGACAAUGGAGAUAACCGACGUCCAGGCGCUGCUUUACGAGCUGCGCCAGUUCAGAGACGAGUAUAGAGAGGAUAGGGCCGCUGAUAGAAGGCUUAGCGAAAUCUUCACCGAAUCUUUGACCAAAGUUAAUCUGAGGCUGGAUGAAAGUGACAAAAGGUAUGAACAGCUUCAAGCGCGGGUGGAUAGUCUCGAACAGCAGAUGAAGUUGCAGACUGAAGCACGGCCUUUUGUAGCGACCGAUGUCGAGCAGUCUCUCAAAGAAUCGAUUGCUAACCUGAAGGCUGAGCUCAACGAGCGAGAUCAGGACCUCCUGCUCAAUGAUGUGGAGAUGACAUGCAUAGUGGAACAGCCAGGGGAGAGUCUACAACAUAUCGCGAUAACGCUGGCAGAUAAGCUGGGUGUGAAGCUGAAGAGCGAGGAUCUGGUGAGCGUGUCCCGUGUAGGGCCUCUGGUCGCGCGGUCUGGUGCGGCGGCGGCGGUGCCGGCGGGCGGGCAGGGUCCGCGGCCGGUCGUCGUGCGGCUGGCCCGCCGGGCGCUUCGCGACGAGCUCAUUCGGGCGGCGCGCGUGCGCCACGGCGCUACGACUGAGGGCACUGGACUCCCUGGGCCUGCCCGCCGAUUCUUCAUCAAUGAACGGCUGACAAAAGUCAACCGUCACCUAUUUCGUCGAGCUCGUGAACUUGCCACGCAAUACAAGUGGCGUUUUGCCUGGACAAGAGAAGGCCGUAUCUACGUUCGGCAACACCAGGCACCGGACUCGCCUCGCAUCCGUAUUCGCAAUGAUCAGGAUCUUAAUGGUGUUUUUGGACUGGGCGUCGUUUGUUCUACUGGUCAAUAAAAAUUUGUUUGUUGGGUCUUAUUCAGUGAAUUUCUGUUAUUCUCUAUUAUUUACUUUAGAUUUUGGUUUUUAUUUUGUAUAUCUAAAAAUGCUUUACUUUAAAUUACCGGGUUUUCACAGUUCCAAUGCAAUGUCUAUUGACUUAGAUUCAUAUAGAGUUGUAUUUAUUGUAGUAUGUUGUUUGUAUGUAGUUUGCUUCUUGA